GCUGGUGCACCGCAGCUCAGCUGUAAACUGUAACCUGCGGCGGCGGAGUUGACGCGGACGGAUACGUGGUGAACACCCCCCCAGCCUCUGAAAACAACCGGGGAAGCCAAUAAAAAACACAAAAAAACACCAAACCCUGCUGCCUCCGGUUUGAAACCACCGUGGUGUAGCUUUGGGUUUUUUAAGGAGUCGCAGAAAUAGGCUGCUGAGGUUGUGAGGGGGGGGCUUUCAAGGCCACGGUGCAACCAGGGAGUUUCCUGCGUCUAGGUCCGCCAGCCUGUUGGGUCACAGUCCCAGAAAAAGUGGUUCCGGUUUGCGCGACAGCCGCGGAGAACGCAUUGAUAGAAAUGAUGACACCUGUCAAGAGCUCUUAGUCGCGAUGCUUGAAAACGACAUUCCAACUAUGAGCGUGUUCUUGUGACAUGCAACAUCAACACAGCCACGACUGGAGUACUUGAGAUGAAACAGUGAUACCUCAGGGGAAAACUGCGGCUGCACAAAGCGACGUUCACCAAGGUUGAUGUUUCCUCACCGGGCGCCCCCAGGGUCGCUUUCAAGCCUGACUGCCGACAGCUCGCCACCUCUGUCAGCCUCCUGAGCGAGCCAGUCGAUCGCCUCUAGCUCAAACAAGCGUCUGCCAUCAGCGGUCCUAGCCGAGCGGCCUCCGUGUUGCCCCCUCCGCCCCUCGAGGGCCAGCUGCCUGGGCAGGACUGUAUCACCAUGGACACAGAGUCCACCUACUCGGGCUAUUCCUACUACUCCGGACGCUCCCGGGGAUCCCACAGGCACGGGGAGCGGAGCCGGGACCGCCACAAGUCCCGCAGUAAAGACAGCCGCUCAGAGAAGUCCGUAACCAUUAACACGCCGCCCGCAGAGCCGCUGCUGGGGGACUCGGCUGUUCGGGGUGAGCAGGUCCAGGAUGACAACUGGGGCGAGACCACCACGGCCGUCACUGGCACAUCCGAGCACAGCCUCUCUCAGGAGGACAUCGUUCGCAUCACCAAGGACCUCGAGGACAGCGUGGGGCUCGACUGCCGCCGCUACUUCACCCUGACCUUGGCCGUGAUCCUGGGCCUGCUCGUGUUCCUGACGCCGCUGGCCUUCCUGGUGCUCCCCCACCUGCUCUGGCCGGAGAAGCUGCAGAGCUGCGGCACGGCCUGUGAGGGUCUCUUCAUCUCCGUGGCCUUCAAGCUGCUCAUAUUGCUGCUGGCCGUCUGGGCGCUCUUCUUCAGGCCGCCUAGGGCCGGCCUCCCUCGGGUCUUUGUGUUCCGGGCGCUGCUCGCCGUGCUAGUGCUGCUCUUUGUGGUCUCCUAUUGGCUGUUCUAUGGAGUCAGAAUACUCGACUCGCAGGACGAGAACUACCAGGGCAUUGUGCAGUACGCCGUGUCCCUGGUGGACGCCCUUCUCUUCAUCCACUACCUGGCCAUCGUCCUGCUGGAGCUCCGGCAGCUCCAGCCGUGCUUCUCCGCGUGCGUCACGCGCUCCACGGACGGCGAGAUACGGCAAUACAACCUGGGACAGCUCAGCAUUCAGCGGGCAGCUCUGGCCAUCUUAGAGCACUACUACUGUGACUUCCCAGUCCAUAACCCGGCGCUGCUUUCUGCCUCCAAGUCCCGCGCAGCCAAGCACCUGGCCGGCCUCAAGGUCUACAACGUGGAUGGUGAGUUCCCAGCAGCCCCAGCUGAGGGUCCGGGGAACAACGCUGCAGCAGGACUGGCCCACUCUCAGUCCAGGGCCAUGAUCGCUGCAGCAGCCCGCCGCAGGGACACCAGUCACAACGAGCUGUACUACGAGGAGGCUGAGCACGAGAGGCGCGUCCGCAAGCGCAAAGCGCGCCUGGUGGUGGCAGUCGAGGAGGCGUUCACACAUAUCAAGCGCAUGCAGGAGGAGGAGCAGAAGAAGGCUCCAGGGGACGUGAUGGACCCGCGAGAGGCAGCACAAGCCAUCUUCCCGUCCAUGGCUCGCGCCCUGCAGAAGUACCUGAGGACCACCAAGCAGCAGCACUGCCACAGCAUGGAGAGCAUCCAGCAGCAUCUGGCCUUCUGCAUCACCAAUAACAUGACGCCCAAGGCAUUCUUGGAGAGCUACCUGACCCCGGGUCCCACCCUGCAGUACAGCCGGGACCACUGGCUAGCCCGCCAGUGGACGCUGAUCAGCGAAGCAUCGGUCACCAGUGGCUUGAAAGACGGCACCGUUUUCGUGCUGAAGUGUGUGGACUUCAGCCUGGUGGUGACAGCGAAGAAGAUCCCGUACAUCCAGAUGUCAGAGGAAUACAUCGACCCCAAAUCACACAAGUUUGUCCUGCGGCUACAGUCUGAAACCUCCGUGUAGGACUCCAAACUUUUUUUUUUUUUUUUUAAUUCCUCGCCCUGUUUCGUUGCUCUCAAAUGUUUUCAUUUUGGGUUUGCAGUUUUUAUUUUUACCUUUUUUUUGGAAUUUUUAUAUAUUAUAUAUGAAUCUAUAUAUAUUACACACGUGUUUGAAUAUAUUGAUCUUUUUAUGUUUGAUUCGGAUGAAAACAAAAGAAAAGAAUGGAGGUGGGAUCGCGCUGAAGGCGGUUUGACUCGGACGCCUCGGACACGGUUGUGUACGUGUGUGUAUGUGUGUGUAUGCACGUGUGUCUUUUUGUGUCAACACAAUCACUCGUUCUUUUUCUGUUUGAGAUGCUGUAGCCAAACAUGACGGGAACAUUCAAGGUUUCUGACACCCCUGCAGAGACAUUGUUGUCCAUGGGACAGAUGGACGGACAGACAAACCACUAAGGACUGCGAUGGUGUGACUUGGAUUUUCAUCUUUGAAGCCUGAUGGUGGACGUCAACCGAGAAAUAAAUGGAUUUCUUUGUCUCAAACCAAAUUAGACGCAUUUGACAAAAAACAUGAAUCUUCAAUCAGACUUUGCAUUAAAUGCACAUUUAUGUAUGUUUCUAAAUGAAAAGAAUAUGCCUAAAAAGGAUGGAACAUGAUCUCAGCCUGCUCAAAGAGGCUGUUUUCCUCAUCACUGCUUCAGGACAUCUGUAGAGCCGCCGACAAACACAGUACAGUAGCACCCUGAGUGCUAGUUCCCGCACCCAAAGAGGGGCCGCCUGAGCUCCGGGUGCAACGAGGCAAAAUCUGAAUUCUUUCCACUACACUUGGGAACAACACACACAUGCCAUGUUAAACACAGAAUGAGCUGGAUCAAAAGAGACGCUCAGAGGUGGAUUCAUGCCCAAAAACAUUUGCCCCCGCCUCAUCGGUUCGGUAAGCUUCUCAGGGCUUUUAUGUCCGCUGCAUCUGCCUGACAUGAUGGAAAGGGAAGACGGCGAGGAGGAGAGAUGAAAAAUACUACUGAUUACAUAAAACCAAAUUCCCCUUCUGUGUGUUACAUAGCAGAGAAUCAAAAUACCGUAAAUUCUCAUUUCAAACUGGUGUUUAAAUGGGCAUGAGCGGAGCCGUGUCACACUAAACAUUCUGCUGCUCUGGCACGAAAAUAAGUUUUCAGUCUCUAAUUAAUUCCAGUCGUUUCUUCUUUGCCGUACUCCCAAUCGAUAUUAAACUGCCACCGAGAAAACACAACGCUUCCUGAUGUUCAUGUUAAAAGAAGGUAAUUUUUCCCUUUGUAUGAAAGACAACAGUGAAGAGAGGGAGAGGGCUGCGACAUGCAACACAGUUUGGGAAUCGAACCAAAAAUGUUUGUGUCAUGCGGUAAAGAGACUUAACCGUUGGGCUGCCAGGACGCCCCGAGCUACAAGACUUUUGAUGUGAAAGUUCUGUGAGGAAGUGUUGGGUUUCAUUCAUGGUGGCUUAGCAUCGUUUGGGUAAAAAGGCAAAGUAGAACACCUCAUGAGACUCUCUGAGGCCACUAUUUGAUAAUUUACGGUAUUUAAGGUAUGAUUUCGUCUUACGGGGGCUCACUGGGUUUUUUUUGUAUCACUAUAAUAGAUGACAAUGUGAGAGUGUAUGAGUAGUGAGAGCAGCAGCAGCAGCAGGGCGGAACCUCCUUCCCAACUGGACCGUCUGGUUUUCCUUUACUCCCUCGUCUCGCCUCUGUUGUCUGACAAAAAUGCUCCCGGUGAAUCCCUCGAGGUCAGGCACUUCACUUGGAAGGCUCAGAGGGGAUUUCUUUUCUGUCUCGUAAAAAAAAAAAAAGCCAGACAAAUAGAGUUAAACUAAGCUAAACGAUCCUGUCGGCGCUCACGUUUGAUUACUCUGUCCACGUCACAGCCGAUCUGGUAAAUUUAACAAAGUGGUAAAAGAGAAUCACGCUCAAGAAAGAAAUGUGUCAUAGUAACACAUUCUGUGUCUAUGAGCAGGGCUGUCCCCUACUGCCCCCUGGCUGGUGAACCUAAUAUUAACACACUGUCUGCCUGAGGGCGGCAGCAACAUGUUUUCAUACAAAACAUAAAGAUAUUGUUCAUUUUUAGCAAUUCUGUUAAAG